AUGCAAAAGCAUCGAUCUGCCAAACAUAACGCAGUCAAAGGAGACUACGUCUGCGACAUAUGUGGAAAAAUAUAUCAUUACAAAGACAUCUUGCGAGCGCACAAGAACAAUCAGCACAAAAACAAGGACAAAUACAAGUGUGAUACUUGCGGCAAAGGUUUCCCGGCUCCCUGUUUGUUGUCUAAUCACGUUAAGGCGUAUCAUGAGGGAAUACGCGAAAUGUUCGCCUGUAGCGUAUGCAACAAGGUAUUCACAAGCAAUAGCUAUCUGAAACUCCACGUGAAAGCCGAUCACGAAGGAAUGCGCUACGUUUGCGCUGAAUGUGGCAAGGUUUACAAGCAAGAAGCUGUCUUUAAAAGACACAUGGCUACUCAUUCGAAAGAUUUUGUACCUAAAUUCCAAUGCACACACUGCGAGAUGAGCUUCAAAGAGAAAAGAACCCUCAAGUGCCACGUCAUGCUAAAACAUUCCGACUAUAAGGGCAUAGCUUGCGAAUACUGCGGAAAACUCGUGAAAAGCCUUAAAAAACACAUCAGGACGCAUACCGGUGAAAAGCCGUACCAAUGUGAAUAUUGCGAAAAAUCCUUCGCCAAUAUUGGUAACCUGAAGGACCACGAGAAGAUACACACCAAUGAAAUGCCGUUUGAAUGUGGCAUAUGUCAGAAGAAAUUCAAUCAAAGAGUUCGUCUAACUGUGCAUUUGAGGACUCAUACUGGCGAAAAAUCUCAUCGAUGUCAAAUAUGUUACAAGGGUUUCGCAACCGUCAACCUGUUGAAGAAACACAACUGUCAGGGACGACCGACGAUUGAUACGGCCAGCGAAAGAAUGCAGGCAAGCUAUGAGGAGGACAGGGCGUUAUGGUCUGGACAACCGUUUGCGCCACAAAUGGAAUAA